AAAACUAGGCAGAGUGCUUGCGCCACAGCAAAAAGCCAUCGAUUCGAGUCCCCACUCAGUUACUUGGGAGUCAGCUGCGAGCCUACCAACUCAAAAGCCCCCUCUGACCGCUCCCCGCUGCAGAGAGCGUUUCAUUUUGCACGGGAAACCGCGGAAAGCGACAGCACAUAGACGCCUGCGGAAAGCAAGUGCAGCGAUUACAUCUCUGCAAAGGCAAAAGAGAAGCGAAUGCGUCUGGGAUGGGAGGGAUCGCAAGUCCGCUGGCUCGGAGAGUCCUCAGCGCGGCAUAGUUGCUGAAGAGGGUAUCGCUGUGUGGAAGUGUUGAUGGGAAUCCGCUGCUGUUUCUUCUUCUCCUGACAAGGAAAUUAAACAUUGCUUCUAUUCCGAGGAUUUGCCUUCGACUAAGUCAGCCGUGAAGCACCAAGGCCAAGUGGAUUGCUUUAAAGGCAUUUUUCCUUUUUAACACGCUUUUUGGUUGUCAUUUUGGAGUAAGGGAGUUGGGAUUCCUGUGAACGUGCCCAUCCGCAGUGUCAAUGCGACUGCGGCUGUGAACAGAAAACCGCAGCGAUAACAGGCACAGAAUGUUCUCAACCUCCAGAGUGGCCUGAAACGAGGAACGUGCGCUGAGAGCACUGGACCGAGAUCGACUCUUCCCCCUCCCCCUCCUACGCCACCACAGACUCUUGGACCAUGGCAUCCACCGCGAGGAAAUGGACCUUUUUGAUCUCUUGCUACUUCCUGUCCAUGCUGGCGCUCCCUCUGUCCGCUUCCCAUCACCAGACCCCCACCAUCACCGCCGGUGACGACGACUACCACACGUUUCACUCCGAGAACUCGGAGAUGACCUUUAACCACCUCGUCGUGGACAAACGGAACGGCAACGUGUACUUGGGUGCGGUCAACCGUAUCUACAAACUCUCGGCCCGCCUGGAGGUGCAGGUGUCCCACCAGACGGGGCCCGACGAGGACAACCGCGACUGCUACCCGCCGCGCAUCGUCCAGUCCUGCAGCGAGCCGCUAACGCUGACCAACAACAUCAAUAAGAUGCUGCUGAUGGACUACCGCGAGAACCGGCUGCUGGCCUGUGGUAGCCUCUACCAGGGCAUCUGCAAGCUGCUGCGGCUGGACGAUCUCUUCAAACUGGGCGAGCCCUUCCACAAGAAGGAGCACUACCUGUCCGGCGUCAACGAGAGCGGCUCGGUCUACGGCGUCAUCGUGUCGUACUCGGGCGCCGCCACCGACAAGCUCUUCGUGGCCACCGCGGUGGACGGCAAGCCCGAGUACUUCCCCACCAUCUCCAGCCGCAAGCUGGAGCGCAACUCCGAGGAGGACGGCAUGUUCGCGUACGUCUUCCACGACGAGUUUGUGGCGUCCAUGAUCAAGAUACCCUCGGACACCUUCACCGUGGUGCCCGACUUCGACAUCUACUACAUCUACGGCUUCAGCAGUGGCAACUUCGUCUACUUCCUCACGCUACAGCCGGAGAUGGGCGGCAGCUCAACCGCUGGUUCUUCGGCCGCUGGCCGCGAGCAGGUCUACACGUCCAAGCUGGUGCGCCUCUGCAAGGACGACCGGGCCUUCAACUCCUACGUGGAAGUGCCGCUGGGCUGCGUCAAGGGCGGGAUCGAGUACCGGCUCCUGGCGGCCCUACCCUGUCAAGGCGGCUCCAUCCUGAAAGCGGCGCUUCUUCGCUGGCGUGGGGGCCCAACGGCAGGCGUGCCAGUCUUCUCCAAGGGCCAGAGCGCCCGGCCCGGGGAGGCGUCCACGGUCGACACAUCUCUUAGCCCUCGCGGAGAUCAGCGCAUCAAGGACCGCCUGCAGUCCUGCUACAAAGGGGAAGGGACACUGGACCUGGCCUGGCUUAAGGUCAAGGACAUCCCUUGCAGCAGUGCGCUCCUCACCAUCGAUGACAACUUCUGCGGUCUGGAUAUGAACGCUCCACUGGGCGUAUCGGAGAUGGUGCGCGGAGUUCCGCUCUUCUCCGAGGCCACCGACAGGAUGACGUCCGUCAUCGCCUACGUCUACAAGAACCACUCGCUGGCCUUCGUCGGCACUGAAGGAGGCCGCCUCAAAAAGAUCCGGGUGGAGGGGCCGUCUCACGGUGCACUGCAGUACGAGACGCUGCAAGUGGUGGAGAAGGGCCCCAUCCUACGAGACAUGGCGUUCUCUGCUGACCAGCACUACCUCUACGUCAUGUCCGAGACUCAGCUGACGCGGGUGCCAGUGGAGGCGUGUGAGCAGUACUCCAGCUGCAGUGAGUGCCUGGGCUCCGGAGACCCCCAUUGUGGUUGGUGUGUCCUUCACAACACGUGCACCAGGAAGGAGAAAUGCGAGCGUUCAGAAGAACCCCGCCGCUUCGCCUCGGACAUCAAGCAGUGUGUGCGACUUAGUGUCCACCCCAACAACAUCUCGGUCUCCCAGUACAACGUCAUGCUGGUCCUGGAGGCCCAUAACGUGCCCGAGCUGUCUGCUGGGGUGAACUGCACCUUCGAGGACCUGGCGGAGAUGGACGGCCUGGUGGAGGGCAACCGCAUACGCUGCAGCUCGCCCACCGAGAAGGACGUCCCUCGCAUCGUCAUCGACCAAGGAGACCAUCAAAUUGUGCAGCUCUACCUCAAGUCAAAGGAGACAGGUUUGGCCUUUGCCAACACCAGCUUCGUCUUCUACAACUGCAGCGUCCACAAGUCGUGCCUGUCCUGUGUUGGGAGUCCGUACCAGUGCCACUGGUGCAAGUACCGGCACGUCUGCACGCACGACCCGCGCACCUGCUCCUUCCAGGAGGGCCACGUCAAGGAGCCCGAGGAGUGUCCCCAGCUGCUCCCGGCGGACCGUAUCCUGGUGCCGGUGGGUGUGGUGAAGCCCAUCACCCUACGGGCCAGGAACCUGCCCCAGCCGCAGUCGGGCCAGCGGGGCUACGAGUGUGUGCUGACCAUCCAGGGUGUGGAACAGAGGGUCCCCGCGCUGCGCUUCAACAGCUCCAGCGUGCAGUGUCAGAACACCUCCUAUUCGUAUGAUGGGAUGGACAUGAGCAGUCUCCCGGUGGACCUGACGGUCAUCUGGAACGGUGACUUCAGCAUCGAUAACCCCGCCGAAAACAAAGUGACACAGCAGAAUAGAGUGGCUGUUGAUGCCCCCAUCGACGAUCCCAACAUCUACCCACCACCACUGACUACUGCGAAAACCCCCUCCCAGGAUGUCCAGGUGUGGAAAUUGGCAAAGAUCGACGGGUUCACGCCUGUGAGAGGACCUCGCGAGGGGGGAACCCUGGUCACCAUCCGUGGCGAGAACCUGGGCCUUGAGUUUGAGGAGAUCCAGGGGAACGUGAAGGUGGCAGACGUGGAGUGUCGCCCCGUGCGAGAGGGCUACAUCCCCGCGGAGCAGAUUGUCUGUGAGAUGGGCAAGGCAGAGAGGAGCCAGUUCGCCGGAGGUGUGCAGGUGUGCGUGGGCGAGUGCCGACCAGAGUUCAUGACCAAAACCAGCAAGUUCUACUACUUUGUGGUGCCCAGACUGCUUCACAUCACACCCAGCCGAGGGCCCGUUUCUGGGGGAACCAUCGUAAACAUCACAGGGAGCAACAUGGAUGCCGGUAGCAACGUGUCUAUCACGUUCAAGGACCAGAAGUGCACCUACCAUAGGAGGGCCGGGGUGUGGAUCACCUGCAAGUCGCACGCCUCGCCCCACGGCGUGGGGAGCGUGACGGUGUCCGUGGGCAUCGACAAGGCCCACCUCCAGAUGGACCUGCGCGUGGACCACCUCCAGAAGGAGCUGCGCUUCGAGUACGUGGAGGACCCCACCAUCACCAAGCUGGAGCCUGAGUGGAGCAUCUUCAGUGGGAACACACCGGUAACAGUGACAGGAACCAACCUGGACAUCAUUCAGAGUCCUCUCAUCAGAGCCAAGUACAAGAACCUAGAGACGGUUAAUACGUGCCAGGUGCUGAGCCCCACCACAAUGCUGUGCCAGGCCCCUGAGCUGCCCGUCAGCCUGAGCCGCCAACAGGAGGAGCGGCCCGACGAGUUCGGCUUCAUCCUGGACGACGUGCAGGCCGUGCGGGCGCUCAACAACACCAACUUUCUGUACUACCCCAACCCCGUGUUCGAGCCGCUCAGUCCGUCUGGCGUGCAGGAGCUCAAGCCCGGCUCGCCCAUCAUCCUGAAGGGAAGGAACUUUCUGCCGCCCACCCCUGGCAACGGCAAGCUGAACUACACCGUGCUGAUUGGAGAGACGCCGUGCUCUCUCACCGUGUCCGACACACAGCUGCUCUGCGAGUCCCCCAACCUGACGGGACGCCACAAAGUCCUGGCUCGAGUGGGCGGUAUCGAUUUCUCUCCUGGCGUUGUCCACAUCACCUCGGACAGUCCGCUGAGCAGUACGGCCAUCAUCAGCAUCGCUGGGGCCGGAGGCCUCCUCAUCCUCUUCAUCGUCAUGGUGCUGAUUGCGUACAAGCGCAAGUCUCGCGAGAGUGACCUCACCCUCAAGCGCCUGCAGAUGCAGAUGGACAACCUGGAGUCUCGCGUGGCCCUCGAGUGUAAAGAAGCCUUUGCCGAGCUGCAAACCGACAUUCACGAGCUCACCAGUGACCUUGACGGUGUUGGAAUUCCGUUCCUGGAUUACCGAACCUACACCAUGAGAGUCCUCUUCCCCGGCAUUGAGGAGCACCCAGUCCUACGAGACCUCGAGGUUCCCGGCUACCGACAGGAGCAGGUGGAGAAGGGCCUGAAGGUGUUCGGGCAGCUGAUCAACAACAAGGUGUUCCUGCUGAGCUUCAUCCGCACGCUGGAGUCACAGCGCGGCUUCUCCAUGCGCGACCGCGGCAACGUGGCCUCGCUCAUCAUGACCGUGCUGCAGAGCAAGCUGGAGUACGCCACUGACGUGCUCAAGCACCUGCUCUCCGACCUCAUCGACAAGAACCUGGAGAGCAAGAACCACCCCAAGCUACUACUGCGCAGGACUGAGUCUGUGGCGGAGAAGAUGCUGACCAAUUGGUUCACGUUCCUGCUGUACAAGUUCUUGAAGGAGUGUGCCGGCGAGCCCCUCUUCUCCCUGUUCUGUGCCAUCAAGCAGCAGAUGGAGAAAGGCCCUAUCGACUCCAUCACGGGAGAGGCCCGCUACUCCCUCAGUGAGGACAAGCUCAUCCGACAGCAGAUCGACUACAAGACUCUGGUGGUGAACUGCAUCCAUCCUGACAACGAGAAGAGCCCGGAGAUCCAGGUCAAGGUGCUCAACUGCGACACCAUCAGCCAGGUGAAGGAGAAGAUUCUGGACGCCAUCUACAAGAACGUGCCCUACUCCCACCGCCAGAAGGCCUCCGACAUGGACCUGGAGUGGCGCCAGGGUAGAGGGGUGCGCGUCAUCCUGAUGGACGAGGACGUCACUACCAAGAUCGAGAGCGACUGGAAGCGACUCAACAUGCUGGCACACUACCAGGUCCCUGAUAACGCAGUGGUAGCCCUGGUGCCCAAGCAGGUCACUGCAUACAAUUCAGUGAACAACUCUACCGUCUCCAGAACCUCUGCCAGCAAAUAUGAGAACAUGAUCAAGUACACUACAGGCAGCCCCGACAGCCUGCGCUCCCGCACACCCAUGAUCACGCCCGACCUGGAGAGUGGCGUCAAGGUGUGGCACCUGGUCAAGAACCACGAGCACGGCGACCAAAAGGAGGGCGACCGUGGCAGCAAGAUGGUGUCCGAGAUCUACUUGACCCGGCUACUGGCCACCAAGGGCACCUUGCAGAAGUUUGUGGACGACCUGUUUGAGACCAUCUUCAGCACGGCACACAGAGGCAGCGCCCUGCCCCUGGCCAUCAAGUACAUGUUUGACUUCCUGGACGAGCAGGCGGACAAGCACAGCAUCCACGACCCUCACGUCAGACACACAUGGAAAAGCAACUGCCUACCUCUGCGUUUCUGGGUGAACGUCAUUAAGAACCCCCAGUUUGUCUUCGACAUCCACAAGAGCAGCAUCACGGACGCCUGCCUGUCGGUGGUGGCCCAGACCUUCAUGGACUCCUGCUCCACCUCGGAGCACCGCCUGGGCAAAGACUCCCCCUCCAACAAGCUGCUCUACGCCAAGGACAUCCCCAGCUACAAGAGCUGGGUGGAGAGGUACUAUUCUGACAUCAAUAAGAUGCAAGCGAUCAGUGACCAGGAUAUGAAUGCCUACCUGGCUGAGCAGUCCUGUAUGCACAUGAACGAGUUCAACUCCAUGAGCGCCCUCAGCGAGAUCUACUCCUAUGUGGGCAAAUACGCUGAGGAGAUUGUGUGUGCGCUACAACAGGACGACUCUGCCAGGAAGCAGAAGCUGGCCCAGAAUCUGGAAGGGGUGGUCACCCUCAUGAGCCAUGAGAGCUGAGGACCGCAUUUCCCAGAGCACACUGGGAGAUCCGUCAGAGAAACCGCGCCGUGCCUGAGCGAAGAACCUGUCCAUCUAUCUCAUCUUUCCGUUUAUCCCCAGAAAAAGAGACUACAAGCAGUUCCUUUUUAUCUUCCCACUCAGACGAACAAACAAACAAACAAACAAACUUUUGCAUCACUUUAGCUCUGCUUCCUAGAUAAGUAGAGGCGAAGGGGCUAGAGGGCUGCGGCACCAAGGACCACAUUUCCCAAGAUGCAAUUGUGGGGAAGGUUGUGUUUCUGUGCCGCAAUAUAGAAGAAGUUGUGGGCCAUUGAGGGAGCAAGGUUGUCCGUGGACCUAUCUCUUUUUGACCCUCAACUGGUGGAGAGAGCGAGAAAGCAGUCAUGUUUAUGUUGCCUUCAAAAAUAACACUGAUAGCGAAGUCUUUGAAACCGCCAUGUCGGCUGUUCAAUUUGUUCUGACUUUUAUGAUUAGGGUAGUGAUCGUAGCUACUUAUAGAGUCCAGUUAUUUGUAGAACCUUAAAAAUUCAUCAGAAAUGCAAGACAAGGGAAUUGUUCAUGCAUACAAGGACUGCAGAACCUAUGACCAUCUACAAGGACAUUUAUCGCAAACAACAAACAACAUUGAAUGGAGUUUACAAAGGUACCUUCUACAAGUCACCUGAAUUCUACAUAUCUGCGUGGGUGGAGAUCUGUGAAGUGUCUCCAAUGAAAAUCCCACAUUUACAUGUGAUUGAGAUUGACAUGUGUUCAAAAGACUCAAUAGUAGGGUUUCUAAGGAGUUGGGUAGUGCUUCUAGACUUUGUUUUGAACUCCUUGGACUCUUGACUGUGUAAAACUUAAAAAGAGAGUCCUUGUGUGGCAUCAGCAAAAUGUGUCCCCCUCAACCCCCGCACCCCCACACCCCCACAAAAAAAUUAAUCCCUUGUAAAUGAGCUCCUCCAUAUACACUCCAUGCACCCACCUGAUUGGCUUGUGUGCAAUGUGAAAUUCAAAGAAUGCUCCCGCUAAUCAACAAUGCAUGGAGGACAUGCCAAGGUUUUUCGAUCCCACCAGAGGAAGCACACAUCCAACCCAACCUCAGUGACCUGACUUCACUCCACAGCAGAAGGGCAAACUCCUCUCUACCUUCUCUUGCCUUUCUCUUGUCCUUCUUUCUCUCGGCUCUCCACUGCCCUCCUCUCCCCUCCUCUCCCUCCUCUCCUCGGCCCAAACUCUUCCUUCCUUCCCACCUGAUCUCCCCUUGUACCCUUUUGCUAAUGGAUGAAGACUCACUGGUCUAAAAACUAAAGCACAGAUCCAACAGCCAGUUUAUCUUUAAUUGGCCUGGGAAACUUCAUGAGGGAACGACCUAGAGGACAAAAAUGUGUAUAAUGAACUGAGAACAGGGACACCAUCAGUGAGUCCCACCUUCAAUUGAAAAAGGACAAGGGUGUGGCAUGCAGAUGAUGGCGCAGUUGAAUUUGACCCCUUGACCCCAUGCUGAUUGUACGAGACUGCCUCUUCACACUGCCACAGCGGAGGACUGUGAUUGUCACUGGAUAGAUCUAUGUGUGACUUUUUGGAAAUGAACAACUCGGUCAGCAGAAAAAACCAAAGGAGUCCGAAUUAUAUUUAAAAAAAACAAAGACAUUUGCUUAAAAGAAACUAAAAAAAGUGCCACGAAGGAGGAAAGGAAAGAACAGGGGAUGAUUAUGACAAAAACUAUCCACACCUUUCUCCCAAUACUGCUCCCCUAACCGCUCCGCUCCCUAUUAUGAGUCCAGUCUGAAGCUACAGAGGGGGGAACCAUGAAAAACAGACAAACAAAACAUACUGUCAAGUUUCGUGACCUCAGUGUGUGCGAUUCGAAAGGGCUGCGGUGGAAUACUGGCAUGUGCCGUGUUCCGUUUCCCCACUGCUCCUGGCUCGGCACACCGCUCGCUCCUUAUCUCUAUCUCUCUCCGACUCAGUCUCUUUUUGCACAAUGGUGGAGACUUCCGACUGGGGCUGGGGUUCUCCCACACUCCCGCCCCGGAAGCUCAGUCUGUUCCCCUUCCGGGACGACCACCUCCACCUGCCUCAAGAGCUGAACUUCAACACAAGCACAUUGACAAAAGCCGUAACGUGACAAACAAAAACUGGACUACACAACACAAUGACACAAACGACGACAGCAUAAUCAAACGUGCCCAGUGCCGACGUACGGCAGAGAGAGACGAUUAGAGCCGCCCUCCUUUCCGUUGACCUUUCACCUUUCUUUUGCCUUGACAACGUGCCCCAUGUGGUGAUGUGAAUGUGUGAAGACCGGCCUAGGUCCACCUUGGGUCUUUAUUGGCUUUUUAAGCGCAUGUACUUCAAUUAAAAAUGAACAAAAAAAAAUCUACAAAAAAGAACAAAAAAAUGGAAUCUAGAGAAAAUAAGCCUUGCCAUGAUGAUGUGGAUGUGUUCUUUUCUUUCUUUUGCUCAGAAACAGACGGAAAUGGAAAAAAGAGGAUAGUCACGUGGAAACUUUCGUUAAGGUGGAAACUUAACUUUCGUUAAGGUGGAAACUUUAUCCCAGUACACCCAUUCAGCCAUCAAAUACUAUGUUUGGUGGAAGUAUUAAAAAUCAAAUAUUUUUGUUUUCGUAUUACAGAUGGUACCUUUAAACAGAUAUAGUAUAUACCCUUGCAUGUUGACUUAUUUGGAUGUAAUGAAAUGGAACUGCCUUGCAAUCAAACCUAUUUAUCGAACAAUACUAGAAAAGUUUUUGAGAUGACACACACCAAACUCUCCUCUCCUAUUUUUUUGGAUCGUCUCUCUGAUACUAUUCCAUUACCAAUGGUUCAUGAAAGCAGAUAUUUUCUCACAGGUAGGAUGUCUUUCAAUGAAUUGACAGCUACCAUCAACUUAAUAGAUGAAUGCUGACUGAUUUCCUCAAGGUAUGCUCUAAAACUUGCUUAGGGGCUAUAAUGAAGCAGUCUGAAAACUGCUCUAACAAUUUAGUUCUGUUCUUCCUCCCUGUAUAGUUUACAUAUUACAGAGUUUUCCCUGUAAACUAUGAGGAUAUAAAUGAAAGAUAUAUGUAUUUUAUGGACUUAAAUUAGAAGAAGUGUUUUUUAUAAUUUAUUGUAUGUUUUUUUGUUCCUUUAGAGUUGCUUUGUUACAUUUGUGUGAGUGGAUCUCAGAUGUAGCAACUUACCACUGCUGGGUUUGCCUUCCAUGCACUGAUUUCUUUUUCCACAAAGUAGAAUUUAGUUUUAUUUAGACAUCAGAAUUAGGUUUCUGCUCUCAUUUGUAAUUUCUGUAUUUGUUAUGUUGAAA